AGUUGAAGUUGAGUUGCUAAACAAUGCAGAACCAAUUCGUUUUUGCAAUAAUUUUAUUGCUUACCUCGUUGGCUGAUGUUCAGCCUGCAGCUCUGAAUAAAUCUGCCGCCGACAUUGACUUCUUUAAGCUGUAUGACAAUCCAGAGGCGCAUAUAAGUCUUCAAAAACGUCUCACAACUGCUGAUCGCAUUGCUGCGCACGGAUAUCCUUCGGAGCACCACCAUAUUGUAACAGAAGAUGGAUACAUAGUGGGCGCAUUUCGCAUACCUUAUUCCCACAAGCUGCAGAACCAAAACGAAUAUCGUCCCAUCGUCCUUAUUCAGCAUGGAUUAACGAGUUGCUCGGACGCUUGGAUACUCUUGGGUCCAAAUGACGGACUGCCCUACUUGCUUGCUGAUGCAGGUUUUGAUGUCUGGCUGGGUAAUGGCCGUGGCACGACCUACUCAAGAAAUCAUACAUCACGCUCCACACAACAUCCAUAUUUCUGGAAGUUUAGCUGGCACGAGAUUGGAUACUAUGAUAUUGCUGCGAUGAUCGACUAUGCAUUGGAGACCAAUGGUCAGGGACAGAAGUCCAUACACUAUGUGGGACACUCCCAAGGAACAACUGUUUUUUUCGCAUUGAUGUCCUCACGUCCUGAAUACAAUGAGAAGAUUAAAACGGCUCACAUGUUUGCUCCAAUUGCAAUAAUGACCAACAUGCGGAACAGCUUGGCGCGGUCAGCAGGUCCCUAUCUGGGGCAUCAGAAUAUUUACUCGCUUUUGUUUUCCAACCAAGAACUAAUUCCACAUAAUAGUAUCAUAAUGAAUAUAUUUUUUAAUUUAUGUGAGCCGGAUCAACAACUGAGAGUAGUUUGUGAGAAUGUUUUGGAAAAGCUCUACGAUGCUGAUCGUGUGAAUAUGACUGCAAUGCCGGAUGGUAUGGCUACGCACCCGGCUGGGUUUUCCUCCAAUCAAAUAUUGCACUAUCUGCAGGAACAACAGUCGGGACAUUUUAGAUUGUACGAUUAUGGAACCAAGAAGAAUUUAGAAGUGUAUAAAUCGGAACAGCCACCAGAAUAUCCUGUCGAAAAUAUAAGCUCUGAAGUGCACUUGUGGUAUGCAGACAAUGAUUUAAUGGCAGCGGUUGAGGAUGUAUUAGCAUUGGCUGAUCGCCUGCCCAACACGGAACUGCAUCAUAUGGAGGAUCCAAUGUGGGAUCAUGGGGACUUUGCUCUGAACAAGGAGGUUCGCAAAUAUUUAAAUGAGCCGGUAAUUACAAUUAUGAUGGAGUUUGAAGAGUCCAAUAAAGAAUUGUAAAAAAUUAAUGGAAUCCAUCAGAAACCUAUUUAUAAUACAAAGAAGUAAUCGCUGUAUUGAUUAUAAUGGUUUGGUUUUUAUUCUACGAGUCAUAAUCUUAAUGUUAAUCUUAGCUAUUAUUAGAUGAACAAUUUCCUACCACCAAUGGGGUCUCCGUAAUAGCUGUUGAAGUGGUAUAGUCCACCAAUAAAGAAAUUAUAAACUUUCCUAAUCUAUGAAUGGUAUGUUAAGUA